CGCUCGUAAGCACACGUGAGAUUUUAAAUUUUUAUUGGUUAUAUCAUUUUGUAGAAAUGUACAUUUGUAAAUUGAUAAAAAAAAUAUUCAUAAUAAUAAAUAAUAAAUAGUAAUAUUUAAAAAAUUGAGAGUAUCGAUCCCCAACAAGUAAUAAUUACCAUAUUAUAAGUAAUUAACUAACAAAAAUCGACCAAAACAUUUUUAAGCAUGGCGUCAGUUACAGAAUUCAAAAAAUUAUUCGAAAAAUUUUUACGGGAAAAUAAAUGUCCAACUGGAGAAAUUGUGAAAAAGAAAUAUUAUUUUCCUGUUGAUCAGUUAAGAACUAUUUACAUUUUACACAUCUAUGCUUACAACUACUAAUAUACAAUGGUCACAAUUUCAAGAAAUUUUAACAAAUUAUGUUGAAAAUUUAGACUUUUGUUAUUACUCGUGGGAAUGUUUUUCAUCUAUUGUACAACAUUUAAACACAGAAAAAACAAAUGUAUAUAUGUUUACAAAUCUUUUAGGAUUUAUUAAAAUUCCUGCUGAAAAAAAAGAAGACGAUAAAUUAUUAUUUAAAAAUAACAAACGUCCUCAAUUUAAGUAUAAUUCUGAACAAUUAAAAACAUGGGUUACGGAAAUUUGGGAUGGUAUGAAACCUUUCAUGUCAUCAAAUAUCAAAAUUAGACGAGAGAUGUUAACAUUGUUGAUUGAAAAAAUGUUAAUGCACUUAAAUAAUCCGCUUGUAACUGCAGACUUUCUCAUGGACUCAUUAGACACUCCUGGUCCUAUUGCAAUAUUAGGCCUUCAAGGCAUUUUUAUUUUGGUCAAGGAUUAUAAUUUAGAAUGUCCAAAUAUUUAUGGAAAGCUUUACAAUUUUUUUACCACGGACAUGUUUAAUUAUCGAUAUAAAACAAGAUUGUUUUAUUUGGCUGAUAUAUUUCUUCGUUCAACUCAUUUACCGGAGUUGCUAGUCGCUGCAUUUGUCAAACGAAUGGCAAGACUUUCAUUGAUUGCACCACCAACUGACAUACAAAUUAUGGCAGCAUUUAUAGGAAAUUUACUAAUUAGACACCCACCAUUAAAAGUAUUGAUCCAAAGUGAUUCUGUUGUUGGAUCAGAUCCUUAUAUUUUUGAAGAAAAAGAUCCACUACAAUCAAAUGCAUUAAACAGCUCAUUACGGGAGCUUGUCUCUUUAAAACAACACAUUCUACCAAAAGUGGGAAAAUCUGUAAACUUCUUAUUUAAAAAAUUACCACAAGUUGAAUGGGAUAUGAGCGAAUUAUUAGACAACUCUUAUGAAAGUAUUAUUGACGAAGAAUACAAAACAGAUUUUCAAAAAGUGAGCUUAACAUAUGAAAAACCAGUUUCAUUUUCUGUACCAUUAUCCAAUCAUAUGGAUAAUUUAUGGACUUUAGAGUUUAGACGAUUAAAUUAUUUUGAUGCAUGUAUAUUAUUCAAUAUAAUAUGUUUUAAUUUUUCAUAAAA